AAUCGGAGUUCUUAUGUGUCUACAACGGGAUGAACCCGAGACUUACACUCACGAAGUUGUCAAAGGCAUCAUUGGGACAAUGUUCUCGGGUGGUAUUGGAACAUCAGUAGACACAAUGGUUGCAGCAAUGUCGCUUCUAGUGAAGCACCCUGAAGCUUUGGCAAAGUUGAGAGACGAGAUAGACUUCCAUGUAGAAGAAGGAUGUUUCAUAUCCGAAUCAGAUCUUCCGAAGUUAUCGUACCUCCAAUGUGUAAUCCAAGAAUCGCUUCGACUACACCCAGCAGUAACAAUUCCUUUGCCACACUUGUUGUCGCAAGAUUGUACUGUCGCCGGUUAUGACAUUCCACGUGGAACAUGGUUAUCGAUCAAUAUUUGGGGCAUUAUGAGAGACCCUAAAUGGUGGGAUGAACCAACUAAGUUUAUACCAGAGAGAUUUGACCGUGAAACUGCUAUCAAAGAAGGGAAAAUGGAUGGAUUUCACUGGAUUCCGUUUGGGGCGGGGCGGAGGGGAUGUCCUGCUUCUGGGAUGGCUUUUCGGGCCAUUUCACUGGCUAUAGGUGGUUUAGUUCAGUGUUUUGAGUGGAAAAGGGUAGACCAUGAUGAUGAAGUGAUCGAGGAAGUGGAUGAACCUUCACCAAGGGCUGUGUGCAGACCUAGGUUGGUUAAGAAGGAUAUUCUAUCUCAAAUCUGAAUGCAUGAGCUAUAUUAAACCCGU